CCGGCUCCUCCGCUUGUGCUCCCGGCUCCCGCCGCUGCCCCGCCAUGGCCGCUUCCUCCUGCCGCCCCGCUCCGCCGCGGCCCGCCACCCACCUGAUCUUUGACAUGGACGGUCUCCUGCUGGAUACUGAGCAUCUUUAUACUGUGGUUUUUCAAGAAAUCUGUGAACGCUUUGGAAAGGCGUAUACCUGGGAUUUGAAAUCAUUAGUCAUGGGUAAAAAAGCACUGGAGGGAGCACAGAUUAUUCGAGAUGUACUUGAACUUCCGAUGACCAAAGAGGAGCUACUGCAUGAAAGUAAAAUGAAGCAGGAAAAAAUAUUUCCUAAUGCUGCAUUGAUGCCAGGAGUUGAAAAGCUGAUCCGCCAUCUACACCAACACAAUGUACCUAUAGCUAUUGCCACUAGCUCAGCCGGAGUGACAUUUCAGAUGAAAACAAGCAAACACAAAGACUUCUUUAGUCUAUUUCAUCAUAUUGUGUUGGGAGAUGACCCAGACGUGAAGAACAGCAAACCACAGCCUGAUGCGUUUUUAGUUUGUGCAAAGAGAUUUCAUCCUCCUCCUCCUCCAGAAAAGUGUCUUGUGUUUGAAGAUUCUCCACUUGGAGUGCAAGCAGCAUUGGCAGCUGGGAUGCAAGUGGUUAUGAUUCCAGAUGAAAAUUUGAAUCAAGAUCUUACAAAGGAAGCAAAUCUAGUGCUGAAAUCUAUGGAGGACUUUGAACCAGAACUGUUUGGUUUACCACCAUAUGACUAAGGACUAAUAUAUUUCUACAUGUUCUUAGUUGGAGAUUGGGGGGUAGGGAAUGAAAAUUUAGAGUAAAAAAUUACCUAUUUUUCAUUUUUCUUUCCAAAAUAAAACAAUGAAGUCUUUCAUGAUUUACUUUUAAAUUUCACUGGAUACUCUUGGUUUGUCUUCUUCAGUGCUAAGUGGAAGGAAUGUUUCUUCUUGCCUAUCCUUCACCUCUACUAGUCUUGUCUUCUGCAUAAUGUCAUGUACACUCAGUGCAUUUGCAAAACUGCAAAGACAAUCUGCUUCAAACAUAUGGAGGUUUUUGCUCUGGUUUGCUUGAAUAACAGACUGCUUAGAACAAUGGUUCUCAAUAUAAGACUGUUGUCCCCUUAUACCAUUGUGCAGCAUAGUUGCCACCACCUAUCCUUUGCCUAUCCCUUUGUCUUCCCUGUUCGUAUCUUCUGGUUGGAUUUUUUGUUUUUGUGUGUUUUACUUUCAUGUUGUUCUUUUUUGUUCUCUUCUUUUGUGACUUCCCCUUUCUGGAAUGGGGUGGAGGGGGAACCCUUGUCAGCUUCCUAUGGCCAUAUGCUCUUGCAGCUCAACUGAGCUCUGUGUAAGCCUCUGUAACUCUACUACCCCAUCUCAUUUCACAUAGCCUCUUCCCCAUUCAUUUUGCUCCCCCAACGAUGCCAGCCUUGUCUGUCCAUUUUCAGCUUCUCACAUAAACCUUUCUGUGUUUUUUCCAUUCUUUCAUGCUGCCCCCUUUAGCCUUCA